UCGCCACUUUAUCUCACAAAAGACGCACACCAUCUUCUUCCUCAACUCCACGGCGUCGAUCCGAGGAGUUUGAGAAAACCCUAAUAAGAAAACUUCUAAUUUCGCUCUCAAUCGCUUAACACAACCAGUCAUGGCAGGCGUUGCACCAGAAGGAUCCCAAUUCGAUGCUAGGCAAUUUGACUCCAAAAUGAGCGAGCUGCUUUCAGCUGACGGGCAAGACUUCUUUACAUCCUAUGAUGAGGUCUAUGACAGUUUUGAUGCCAUGGGUUUACAAGAGAAUCUUUUGAGGGGCAUAUACGCAUAUGGUUUUGAAAAACCAUCAGCAAUUCAGCAGAGGGGAAUUGUUCCCUUCACCAAGGGUCUUGAUGUAAUUCAACAAGCACAAUCUGGAACCGGAAAGACCGCUACUUUUUGCUCGGGUAUCCUUCAACAACUUGAUUAUAAUGUAGUUGAAUGCCAGGCCUUGGUUUUAGCACCUACACGUGAGCUCGCACAGCAGAUCGAGAAAGUCAUGCGGGCUCUUGGCGACUACCUUGGUGUUAAGGUCCAUGCUUGCGUGGGUGGAACCAGUGUUCGUGAGGACCAGCGCAUCCUCUCCGCUGGGGUCCAUGUGGUAGUUGGUACUCCUGGGCGUGUGUUUGACAUGCUUCGCAGGCAGUCGCUUCGUGCUGAUUACAUCAAAAUGUUUGUGUUGGAUGAAGCUGAUGAAAUGCUCUCGAGAGGUUUUAAGGAUCAGAUCUACGAUAUAUUCCAGUUGUUGCCGUCAAAGGUUCAGGUUGGAGUUUUCUCCGCAACGAUGCCACCAGAGGCUCUCGAGAUCACCAGGAAGUUCAUGAACAAACCGGUGAGGAUUCUUGUGAAGCGUGAUGAACUCACCUUAGAAGGUAUUAAGCAGUUCUACGUGAACGUUGAAAAAGAAGAAUGGAAGCUCGAGACUCUUUGCGACCUUUACGAGACUUUAGCAAUCACCCAGAGUGUCAUCUUCGUGAACACCCGAAGGAAGGUCGACUGGCUGACCGAUAAUAUGAGAAGCCGUGACCACACAGUCUCGGCCACACACGGAGACAUGGACCAGAACACACGAGACAUCAUCAUGCGGGAAUUCCGUUCUGGUUCUUCCCGUGUUCUCAUCACCACGGAUCUGUUGGCACGUGGUAUCGAUGUCCAACAAGUUUCACUUGUGAUAAACUACGAUCUGCCGACACAGCCUGAAAACUACCUCCACCGUAUCGGACGAAGUGGUCGGUUUGGAAGAAAGGGGGUGGCGAUUAAUUUCGUGAAGUUGGAUGAUGAGAAGAUGCUGGCGGAUAUCCAGAAAUUUUACAAUGUGACGGUGGAGGAGCUGCCGUCGAACGUUGCUGAUCUGAUCUGAUCUGAAAUUGAAUUUGGUAUGUUGUUUUUUGUUUAAGUUAAGGUUUUAACGGUAGAGACUGCGCCCAUGUUUGUACCUUAAUUCCUGGAAUUCGUUAUUCGUUUCAAUUCUAUCUUUUAACUAUGCUUUCAUUACCAUCA